UACAUGCCUCCCUAACUAUUAAUUAUUGUUUACAAAAUUUGUGAAUUUUGUGUAAAAUUUUGUUAACAAUUUUUCAAGUUAAAUAAAAAUGUGCAUGGCUUAUAAACUAUUGAAGUGACUUGAUAGCUGGACGUAUAUAUAUUAUUAUUAUUUUAAUUCAUAUUAAGAUAAAAAGUAAAAAUGUCGAUAGAAAUUGAGUCUGCGGAUGUAAUUCGCUUAAUCCAACAAUAUCUUAAGGAGUCGAAUUUAACAAAAACAUUGCACACUUUGCAGGAAGAGACAGGUGUUUCAUUGAACACAGUAGAGAGUGUGGAUGGGUUCUGUGCAGACAUAAACAAUGGACAGUGGGAUAGUGUACUAAAGGCAACCGCAUCAUUGAAGUUGCCCGAACGGAAGUUAAUGGAGCUUUAUGAGCAAGUUGUGCUUGAGUUAGCUGAGUUGCGUGAGUUGGGUGCUGCGCGUGCUUUGUUGCGCCAGGCUCCACCAUGCCUACUCAUGAAACGACUGCGGCCUGAUCGUUACUUGCACCUAGAGACAGUACUUUCGCGUUCCUACUUCGAUCCGCGUGAGGCAUAUGGGGGUGGAGGUGGUGCAGCACCUGGUGCAGGUGGCAAGGAAUGGCGUCGUGCAGCUUUGGCGGCGGCACUUGCUGGAGAAGUCUCUGUAGUACCCUCAUCCCGUCUCCUUGCACUGCUUGGCCAAGCACUCAAAUGGCAGCAGCAUCAAGGAUUGCUGCCACCUGGAACUACAAUUGAUUUAUUCAGAGGAAAGGCUGCUAUCAGGGAUGAAGAAGAUGAUCAGUGCCCUACACAUGUCUCAAAAAUUAUCAAGUUUGGACAAAAAUCACAUGUUGAGUGUGCUAGAUUUUCACCUGAUGGUCAAUACCUAGUAACAGGCUCUGUUGAUGGACUAGUUGAAGUAUGGAAUUUCACAACAGGAAAACUGCGUAAAGACUUACGUUACCAAGCGCACGACGAGUACAUGAGUAUGAGCGCGGCUGUUCUAUCGUUGACAUUCGCCCGCGACUCUGAUACUUUAGCGGGUGGAGCGCACGACGGCAAAGUGUGUGUCUGGCGGGUCUCCACCGGCGCCGUUCAGCGCCGCCUAGAACGAGCCCACGCAAAAGGAGUCACCAGUCUGCAAUUCUCUCGUGAUGCCACCCAACUCCUUUCUGCUUCCUUUGACCGCACAGUUCGCAUCCACGGCCUUAAAUCGGGAAAAUUGCUAAAGGAAUUACGCGGGCACACAUCCUUCGUUAACGAAGCAGUAUGGACACCGGAUGGACAUGGUGUACUUAGCGGAUCGUCAGAUGGUACGGUCAAAGUCUGGGCAGUGCGAACAGGCGAGUGUGCGGCAACCCUCAAACCUCUCGGCUCUGGGGAGCCAGCCGUCAACUCCGUCUUGCUCCUGCCGAAGACGCCAGAACAUUUUGUGGUUUGCAAUCGUAGUAAUACAGUGGUAGUAAUGAAUAUGGCGGGCCAGAUCGUGCGAUCGUUGUCUAGUGGUCGGCGUGAGGCUGAAGGGGGAGCAUUAGUAUGUGCGGCCCUCGGAGCGCGAGGUCGCCUUGUGUACUGUGUGGCUGAAGACUUGGUGCUAUACGCUUUCUGCGCACAAAGCGGUAAGCUAGAACGUACCAUCACGGUGCACGACAAGGCCGUUAUUGGUCUCGCGCACCAUCCCCAUCAGAAUCUGCUUGCCACGUAUAGUGAAGAUGGCAUGCUCAAGUUAUGGAAACCAUAAUAAUUAUGUACUACUAUAAUAGCAAACUUUUAUUUUCAUUGAGUGAAUUUUGUUUGAUGAUGACUCCCAGGAUUAAUAAAAUAAAUUUGGAUAAAUAUAUUUUCGAAACAUUUGGACAAAGAUAUUUGUAGCAUGACUAUAGUACAUACAUGUAUGUGUAAUUAUAUAUAUCACAUGCUCUAAUAAGAUGUAUUUGAAAUAAUUUUAUUGGAAAAUAUCCACUUGCAAUGCUUAAAGCUAUUUGAGUUCAAAGAUAUUCUUAAUAUUCUUU